AUGCCUCCUGUGAAGAAGAUUUCCGUCAAUAAGAUCAAAAAGGAUUCGAAUUCUCCCAAAAAGUUGAAUGUCACAGAGAAGUCUGGCCUUGUAUUUCCUCCUCUGCGUAUUCGUCGAAAGCUUAAGACUGGUCGUUAUGCCACUCGUGUAACCAAACCAACUUCGGUUUAUAUGGCUGCUGUGCUCGAGUACUUGACUGCGGAGGUGAUUGAACUUGCUGGGAAUGCUGCGCGUGAUCUCAAAGUGAAGCGUAUUACUCCGCGUCAUUUGCAUUUGGCUAUUCGGGGAGAUGAAGAGGUUUUUUUUGGCUUUACUUUUUUGGGGUAUUUUUUGAGUAGAUGA